AUGCGUUUUCCCUGGGACAUUCCAUCCUCAUCUUCCUACUACCAGCCUUGGUCCCUCUCCUUCUAUAGCACAGUGACUCAGGGCAUAAUUCACAGAUUGGUGCAUUUUGUUCCAUCUGAACACUUUGCCUUCACCAGGAUGUGCUGCCCUAAGUUGAUAAAGGUAGCCAGGAAAAUGCUGUCCCAGGAAAGGAACCCUCCUCUAAAACUGAUUGUUGAAGCAGGGCUCAUUCCCAGGCUGGUGGAGUUCCUGAAGUUUUCACCUCACCCCUGCUUGCACUUCGAGGCAGCCUGGGCUCUGACCAACAUUGCUUCCGGGACUUCAGAGCAGACUCAAGCCGUUGUGGAAGGUGGGGCCAUCCCACCUUUGGUUGAGCUCCUGUCUUCCUCCCACAUGACUGUGUGUGAAUAGGCAGUGUGGGCUCUUGGUAAUAUAGCAGAAUUCAGAGACCUCGUUAUCUCGAGCAAUGCCAUUCCACAUCUGCUGGCCCUCGUUUCAUCAACCAUACCAAUCACGUUUCUGCGGAACAUCACGUGGACCUUGUCCAACUUGUGCUGAAAAAAGAACCCUUACCCUUCUGUGAAAGCCGUGAAGCAGAUGUUGCCCGUCCUAUCCCACCUCCUGCAGCACCAAGACAGCGAGGUUCUCUCAGACACCUGCUGGGCCCUGUCCUACCUCACUGAUGGCUCCAACGAGCGCAUCGGCCAAGCGGUCGACACAGGGGUCCUGCCCAGGCUGGUCCAGCUCAUGAGCAGCUCGGAGCUCAAUCUCAAUGUCUUGACCCCGUCCCUCUGCGCCAUGGGGAACAUCAUCAUGGGAACGGAUCACCAGACCCAGGUGGCCAUCGACGCGGGCAUGCUGAACGUGUUGCCCCAGCUCCUGAUGCACCCCAAGUCCUCCAUCCAGAAGGAAGCAGCUUGGGCCUUGAGCAACGUGGCUGCAGGGCCUCGCCAGCACAUCCAGCGGCUGAUAGCUUGCGGCAUGCUGCCUCCUUUGGUGGCUCUGCUGAAAAACGGAGAAUUUAAAGUCCAGAAAGGGGCCGUUUGGACCGUCGCUAACUUCACAACUGGAGGCACCAUAGACCAGUUGAUCCAGCUUGUCCACUCUGGCGUCCUGGAGCCACUGGUGAAUCUGCUUACCAUCCAAGACACCAAAAUUGUUAUCAUCAUCCUUGAUGUUAUCUCUUUUAUCCUCCAGGCAGCAGAGAAGCUUUCAGAGAAGGAAAACCUGUGUCUUCUGAUAGAGGAAAUGGGUGGCAUUGAUAAAAUUGAGGCUUUGCAACUUCAUGAGAACCCUCAGGUUGCCCUGACUGCUUUGAACAUUAUCAAGAACCAUUUUUCUGAGGGAGAAGAAAGUGGCACAGUAUUACCAGCCCUGGACCAAGAUCAUGAAUUCUUAAACUGCUUAACAAAGCAAUACCAAGGCCCCACAACUCCUAAACCAAGGAUCAAACCCUAA